AUGUAUACAUUUUCCUUCGUCAUCCUUCUGUGUGGACUAUGUUGCAAUCUAGUACUGUGUGACUUUGAACAACAACCGAAAAUAUUCAUUGAAGAUGAUGGCAACCUCAUUUUAGAGGCGGUUUAUGAUAAAGAUAUUGUAUUUUCUUUAUCGCCAAAUUCUGCUCUGAAUAUAAAUGAUGUCAAUUUAAUGGAAAUUUUGAAUGCUCUUCAAGAAAACAAUACACAGGUAGAAGCAAAUAGCAUGGUUUCGACAGACGAAUUGACUAAGCAGUUAAAUGCCUUUAAACGGGACUUACGCGGUUUAGAAAGAAGGCUUAGAAAUUAUGUAAAUAGAACACGGUUUAACAAGUUAAGACGAGACUUGCGAUCCGGUUUAUUUAAAAUCCGACAACUACACGGUCGCAUUGAAUCGAUCGAAAGAGAUGCUAGAAUAGAUGAGUGCACUGUCAAUAAUACGAUUCCAUGUAAAAAUGGUGGCUCCUGCUAUGAUCAAUUCAAUGAUUUCAUUUGCUUAUGCACCGAAGGAUGGGUGGGAAAAACUUGUGAUAGUGACGUUGAUGAGUGUGCUCAAUUUAACAAUACUGAUCUAGGAUGCCAAAAUAAUGGACGAUGUAUUAAUACUCCAGGAAGUUAUCGUUGUGAGUGUGCUGCUGGUUUUUCUGGUAUUCACUGCCGUCUUCGUGAGAUGAUUUGUGAAAAAUAUAAUGGAGACGAACUCUGCGGCCAUGGCACAUGUGUGAGCGCCAAUAAUAUACAUAACUACACUUGCAUUUGCGAUGUUGGCUGGACAUAUACAAAUUCUUCUCCAGCAUGUGUAAUCGAUAUUAACGAAUGUGAGCUUCACACUAAUCCUUGCCAUAGUGAGUGUAUUAAUAUGCCAGGUAGUUUUAAAUGUGGUCCAUGUCCAAAUGGAUACACUGGAAAUGGCAUUACUUGUCUUGACGUGGAUGAGUGCGCUAUCGAUAACGGUGGUUGCAGUUUAAUACCGAAAGUAAACUGUAUAAAUACUGAGGGAUCAUAUCACUGUGGCAAUUGUCCAGAAGGUUGGUUGGGUGAUGGUCAUAUUUGUAUACCGGCUCCUUCCAAUGAUUGUAGUUCAGAAAAUAUUUGUCAUCCUAAAGCAAAAUGUGAGUAUAUAUCGGAUACAGUGGUUUGCACUUGUCCAGUCGGUUUGUCUGGUCACGGUUUUGGGGAAAAUGGUUGUAAAUCGGAAAAAGCCACACAUCCAUGUGAGAAUCAUGAAUGUAAGAAUAACGGAACAUGUGAAGUGAAUGGUGAGGGCACGCGUUGUAUAUGUCCUGAAGGCUAUAUGGGUGCUACAUGUGAAAAAAAUGACGCAUGCCAUCCAAAUCCAUGUUCAAAUGGUGGUAGUUGUAAGUUGGCUCCGAAAAAUAAGUAUCGUUGUGCAUGUCAACGUGGCACUACAGGAAAAAACUGUGAAAUACAACGUGAAAUUUGCGGUUCCGUUUUGAGACAAGAAACAGGAGAAGUGAUCUAUCCACCAGAGGGUGGUAACUACGAAAAUAGAGAACGUUGCGCAUGGAUCAUACGUACCACAACUAAUAAAAUUCUCAAUAUAACUUUCAGUAAAUUUGAUUUGCAAACGUCGCUUGACUGCAGCAAAGAUUUUCUGCAAAUACACGAUGGUCGUUCACUCAGUGCGCAGCUUGUGGGACGCUUCUGUGGAAGCGAUUUGCCUCGCGGCGGUACCAUUAUAACUUCUCAUCAAGAAGUAUUUUUUUGGUUUCGUACGGAUAAUGAAACUACUUCAACUGGCUUUAAAUUUUCGUGGGUAUCACAGCCUCACACAUGUGGUGGUCAAUUUGAAUUGGGUAUGGGUAACAGCGAUGUAAUAAAGUCUCCAGGCUAUCCCGGAAAGACACCUAUUAACCGUGAAUGUGAAUGGGAGUUGGAAGCGAGUUUUGGUUAUCGAUUUGUAUUGCGCUUUUAUGAAAUUAAUCUUGGUGGUGAUUCUAAUUGUACACAAGAUACGCUAAAGAUUUACGACUCAGAUCGCCUCGUGAAAACUUUCUGCGAGUCUGAAAAACCUGCUCCUUUCUAUACAUCUUCAAAUAUAAUUAGCAUACAUUUCCACACAGAUGCUUUUCGAGAAGACAGUUCAUUUCAAUUACAUUAUGAGGUGAUACCAAGUUCACCGAACUGUGGUGGAAUUUUCACUGAGCCAAGAGCUACCAUCGGCGGCCACAUAAAUGCAGAAAUUUGUCUUUAUCUAAUACAGCAGCCCCCAGGUACUAAAAUAAAACUAGAAAUUUUAAAUUAUAAUUUAUUGGAUAGCGAUGAUUGUGAUUUGCAAAAAGUUGAAAUUUUUAAUGGAAAAACUGACGAAUAUCCAUUGGAGAAACGAAUAUGUGGUGAUUUCAAGUCAAUAAGAAAUGCGAAACAUCUCACCGUAGUACCGACGCAAAGAAAAUUUGACGAUCUUGCACAUAAAUCUCCCAAGGUUGGACUCGUUAUAAAUAUCGAAAAAACUAAAGAAAUGCAAAUAAACGCAUCAUCGAAUGAACCGUUAGAUCUCAAUGGCCAACUGAUUGAACGUGUUGAGAAAUUUCAGUACCUAGGUAGCAUGGUAGAAUCUACAGAAUGUACACUGAUGGAUAUAGCGUUGUGUGUUUUAUCAAUGCUUCUGUAUAGAUGCGAAACAUGGUUCGUCACUGAACAAGUCCACCAAAAAUUACGCAGUUUUAUCAAUUCCUGUUUUUGUAAGAAAUCUUCUUCAGGAUUUUCUGGCCAAACUACAUUUCUAACAAGUAGUUAUGGUCAGGGACAGGUGUGGGUGACACUUACAUCCACAUUAGAAGACACAAAUUUGACUGGAUAG